CCUACGCUCAUUCCUGCCGCCUCCGGGACCUCGGUCGACCCUCCACCGGCUCCUCCAAGUAGUCCUGAGUCUGCUGGUGGGGCGACCGAGACUCCCUCGCCGGCAGUUCCCAGUGAAGAGGCUCCCGACUCGCCGCCGACACCGCCGCCAAGCGCCAGCGCUCCACCGUCGCCAACUCCCGCGCCUUCGCAGAUGCUGGAACUCGCUCGUCUCGUCGUGGGUGUUGCCCGUUCACCUCCAGCUCGAGUCAACGCUGCUCUCGACCGCAGCCUGCAAGCUGCUACUAACGUCGGUGAGGUGCUGGCUGCCGCCGUUGCUCCUCCGCGUCUCCCUCUUGCGGAGGCUGAUGAACUGGUAGCCCUCCGCCGCGAGAACGACCGGCUGCAGGCAGAGCUCUCCGACGCCAAUGAUAAACUCGCUGAAGCGAUGAACCUGCGGACCAAGUCGGACUACUUCCUCGUCUCGGCCAACUCCGAGUGCGACCAAGCUCUGGACCUCGUCCAGGACAUGCGCGUCCAGCUCAGCAACGCUAGCGCUCAGUUGAUGCAAGCGAACGCGGCCAUCGCUCACCACGCUGGCGUCACUCAGUCGUUGGAGAAGCGGACGCUCGUUGCUGAGGCCGAUUCGGCCGCUGCUGUACGUCGGAACACCCAGCUCCACGAGCGUAUAAGUGCAAGCCUCGUCACCUACAACACUCAGUUGGAGAGGCUUCGGAAGCAGUUGGCCGACCGCGACCGAGCAAACGUCAUCCCCGCACGCAUUCAAGCGUUGACGGACGAGAACAACAGCUUGUGGCGAGCGAAUUCUAUCCUUCGUCGGCACUCGGCAGCACACGGACUCGACGUCGACACCUUGGCCCUGGCCUCAGCCGGCAUCUCCGCCGCAGAGAUUGAUUGGAAUCUUCUCGGGCUGUCCCCACCGACGGUCACUGUCGAGAGUCCACGCCAUGACGAAUCCUCGUCAGAGGAGGGAGAGGAGUCCAAGACGACCGACGUGCCGAUGGCUGAGUCCACCGAGGCUACGUCCGCUCCCGCUGCUUCGGUGAGCGCUUCUGCUGGUUCCCCGGUCUCCACUGAGUCGUCAUCGCGCAAGCGGGGUCGGCAAACCGAGUCUGCUUCCGUCGGGAAUACGGCAUCCCAGCCUCCUCCUCACAAACGCUUCGGCAGACCGUCAGUCGACCUGAGGGCCAGGGCUGCAGCGGCCGCCGCGCCAUCUAGUCAUCGUUCGGCAUCAGGAGAGAUUUCCCCGCCUCCUCGGUCGAUGGUGCGUCCAACGACGGCUCGCUCAAGCUGGUUGGAGGCUACGAACACUCAGACGUCCCCUUGUAUCCUCGGCUGGCCCGUCGCGCCUCGCCUCCCUCGCCAGCCCCAGCCCAGCAGCAGGAAUCGUCUGACGUGGAGUUUGGAGGGGGUAUGA